CUAGCACGCUUUAUCGUUACAUUGCGAAUUGCAGCAUUUGCGGAUUUCGUCCAAGCAGCGCACGCACCCAUGCAGCAAUUGCCUGUCUCGCUCGUUGUUGACUUCCUCUACGCAUGCAGCAGCAGCGCAGACCAGGAUCGAGCAGUGCACCGCACAUCUGCCAGCUCUGCAGUUAAAUCUUUACGCUGGUUGGCAAAGCACAUCCAGUGGGCAGCCUUGCAAGCAUGCGUGCGCAAUAGCCUGGUCGCAUCAUACUGCAAGCAAAUUGCCUCCUUCGACAAACGCGAGGCAACGCCUAUCCCGGCGGCGCUUGUCGCAGCAUGGGAGCGCACCCUUUGCGCACCGCACGCACCUUUGAUAACCAAACUAGUUUUGGGUGCCGCGCUGCUCUGCAUUCACUCCAGCAUUAGGUUCGGGGACGCUCAACGCGUGCGCUGGCACACGCUUCAGCUCAGCACACAAGGCCUGCAUGCAGUCGCAUACGCAAGCAAAACCACUAAAGCGGGGCAGCCUUUCGCAUGCACCUGGCACGGUUACACAGGUCGCUCCGCAGACACAUCCUGGCUGCUGCAGUGGCUGGCCUGCAUUUCAUCGCUGCCAGCUUUCCAACAAGACGCCAGCAACCAGCCAGAUUUCCUCUUCCCGCGUGCAGACAUGCAGUGCCACGCCUUGCCAUACAUUGCGCCUGCAAGCUACGCACGCACGCUCCUGUGCAUCCGUUGGGCAUCCCAAUCCGCAGACAUUUGCGGGCCAGCCGCGCUCACCCCUGGUGAAGCCUUCGCCCUCACACUGCACAGCAUGAAAAGCACCGCCUUGGCAAGCGCCGCUCAGCUGGACCUUCGCAGGGACGAACGCUUAGCGAUUCUGCACGCCUUUAUUCCCGCAAUGAUACAUUCGCCAACCUCCGCGUGCAGCGUGCAAUUGCCACCUCCUUGGCCACAGGUUGGCGGCCUCAGAGGUCCAUGUCCAGAGGAGGCGCCCGACUCUCCUGCCGCUUCGCCAGACUCCCCAGUGCACAUGCAGCUGCAGGCUUUCUCAGAUGACGAAGAAGCCAGGCAAGUGGAGGAAUGGGCACAGCAGCAUGCAUCCUCCGACUCGGCCUCCGAAGCUCCAGAGGAGCAACGUCAUGUCGAGCAGCUCUUCGUGUGUUCGGGGCCAUGGGGCAGCAUGCAUAGCCCCACCCCCGAAAGCCUUGCCGCGUACAACGCCUCUGCACCAGAGCAAGGCAAGCAGGCAGUCAGUCUCCUUAAG